AGAAAAAAAAAAAAGACUUAAAACACACACACACACGCACUGACCCACGAUUGUCAUAAACCAAAUAUUCCCUCACCUCUGCAAAACCCACAACACCCAAUCAACUUUAUCUAUGUUCCUUAUCAAUUGGCUUUACUCAAUCAACCACCACUUUGUUGAGAAGCAUUAAUCACAACGAAAAGGGCUGAUUUUGCUACAAAGAUUUCAUGGGUUUCUGCUCAAUGUUUUCUUGUGUUAAGGGUUCAGAUCGGAAAAAGCAAAGAAGAAAGGAGUCAACGUGGAGGAUUUAUUCACUGAAAGAAUUGCAAUUAGCCACAAAUAAUUUUAAUUAUGAUAACAAGCUUGGGGAAGGUGGAUUUGGCAGUGUUUAUUGGGGUCAACUCUGGGAUGGUUCUCAAAUAGCUGUAAAACGGUUGAAGUCGUGGAGUAACAAAGCGGAGACGGAAUUCUCCGUGGAAGUCCAGAUACUUGCUCGUGUGCGCCACAAGAAUCUGCUCGGCCUGCGUGGCUAUUGCGCAGAGGGGCAAGAACGUCUUAUCGUGUACGAUUACAUGGCUAAUCUGAGCUUGCAUUCGCAUCUUCACGGACAGCAUUCCGCUGAAUCUCAGCUCGACUGGACCAGGCGGAUGAACAUUGCUAUUGGCGCUGCCGAAGGCAUUGUAUAUCUACACCACCAAGCAACCCCACACAUAAUCCACCGCAACAUAAAAUCGAGCAACGUUUUGCUCGACGCCGAUUUCAAAGCCCAAGUUGCCGAUUUCGGAUUCGCGAAGCUCAUACCCGACGGCGCGACACAUGUCACCACGGGAGUGGAGGGCACCCAAAUCGGACAUCUCGCCACCCCCGAGAGCUGCGAUAUUUACAGUUUCGGUAUUCUCUUGCUCGAGCUCGUUAGUGGCAAGAAGCCAUUGGAGAAGCUAGUGGGUCCCACAACAACGGAUAAUAACAAGCGGUCGAUUGUGGAGUGGGCCCUACCUUUGGCCCGUGAGAAGAAGUUCGAUGAACUUGCGGACAAGAGAUUGAAUGGGAAGUAUGUUGAGGAAGAGGUGAAGAGGGUUGUGUUUGUGGGCUUGAUUUGCGCCCACGAACGGCCCGAAAAGAGGCCCGCGAUUCUUGAGGUGGUGGAAUUGUUGAGAGGGGUUGAUAAAGAGAAGUUUUCUUGUUUGGAAAGUGAUGAAAUGUUUAAGGAGAGUGUGGUUGCAGAAGAAGAAGAGGAGGAGGAAAUUGAAAAUGUUUAAAUUAUGGAUCUUUUUUGCAUCUAAUGUAAUAGUUGUGACAUGUAAUAUUUAAUUUUUCUCCUUUAAAGAAAAAAAAUAUAUUUUCUUUUGUAAAUAUUCUGUUUUUGAUUU